AUGCCUCUGGUGCGCGAUUAUUUCGAUAAUGAUGGGGUGCGCAACGCGACUAACCCAUCUAGAUUUGGGCACCAUUAUGUGCCUGAUGUGACUGCAGCUGAGAAUGCGACGGCACCCCAAACUGGGACCAAAAUGUCCUCAGUCAAUACUUUGGUUUGCAACAUUGACGUGAAUUCUGGCCAGAUGUGUGGCAUGCAUGAUCAUGUCAAACCAGCCUUCACUCCGCCGCCACCUCCGCAAUGCGCAUCCAGGCGCUGUGCAAUCAAGAGCUUUGUGCUUUCAGGAGGAUGGCGCAAAGCAAGAUAUGUGCAUGAGCCUGGUUGUGGUCCCCUUGGAGGUCUUCUUGAUACUUGUGCAACUGCCUGUGAGACUAUUGCUUUGCUAGUCAAUUUGGAACUCGCUUCCAUCGUGAGCCACAAGCGCAAGCGUGGACCAUCUCCUCCAGAUGAUGGCUCCAACAAUAAUAGUGGCAGUGACCUAAACACCUCAAGGAAAUCAAAGACAGCUCGUCGCAGCAGCAGAAUUCGUGCCGCUAAGGGUAAGGAUAAGUACACUUGA